AUGUCAUGUUAUGGUGAUAUGAUUGUUAAAGUUAAUCAAGUCUGUCAAUCUGACAAAGAAGACACAAAAUUAACUGUUGUGUUGGGAUUGAAGAUUAUGACCGUUACAUCUUCAACUCAUUUUAUGAUCAAGAAAGAUCUUGGUUCAAAUAAGUAUCCGUUAAAGGUUUCGUUAAUUGGCAUUACUCAGGAUAUAGCAAAAGAAAUUAAUAAUGAGAAUGCGAUGGUUAAAGUACUGGUAAAGAAUUAUGUUGGUCAGAGCAGUAAUUUUAUCGUUAUGAUAGUAUUUCUAUACUGUAAUAGUCAAUUUAAGCACUUGAUAAAUUCUACUAGACCAAAUGAGUCAUUACUUUUCAUUGUGGAACAUUUGAAAGUUAUUCAAGAUGAUUUAUACGUAUAUACUGUUGAGACUUCUUUUAUUAAUACUUAUUCUAAUGUUAGUGAAAGUUUAACUGAAGUGCCUAUGAUUGAAAAUAGUGAUAGAGGUGAGGAAGUGAAUCAGUUCGUUAUUGAUUCAUCAGCUUCUGAUUUUCAUUUAUCUAAAUGUAUAAAAACGAAAAAUAAGGAUAAGUGUGUGACCGAACAGAACACGGGAUGUAUGAACGAAAGUAAUGUACCUGAAACAAAUACUGUUAGUGAGAACAAAAGAAGGGGUGUGGUCAGACGUUUGAAUCUGAUAUCGUCCCUUAUGCCAAAACAUUGUAAAGUACAAGUUAAGCUUAUAGAAAUAGGCUCUCUUGUAGAGAACAUUUAUUAUGGUCCUUUUUCUCAUUUUUGGUGGAAACUUUCAAAUCAAAUACCCAAAUACUUUUGUCAAAGUGGUAAUGUUUCAGCUACAAAGACAAGUGCAACCAAAGCAGUUUCUAAAGUUUAUCAAGAUAUUUUUCACAAUGGAACUUGA